AUGUUGCCCAACUUCAAUUGGCUAUUAGGUCUCGGGCUGCUAGGAGCAGCCAGCAGUGCGCAUAGCAUCCAACUGUCAAAGCAUGCACAAGAUCUCUUUGAUGAGUCUAUGUUCUUCCAAGAUAUGAUCUAUGACCCCAACGCUCACUAUCUACGAUUCUUCUACUAUCCCUUGGCUGCUGGAGUUCAUGAGACUCGCUCAACCGUAUGGCGCACGAUUGGGUUACUCCAACGUAAUCAUGGCGAUGAUGCUGCAGAGGCGGCAAAAAUACUCGAACUUGUCAUUGCCGAUCAAGAAAAGGAUACUUCAAAGCAGUGGUACGGAGAUUAUACGGUAUACCCCGAGCAGCCGACUGUGGGAGAACCUGCCUACGACCCUGUGAUUUAUAACUCCUGGGAUCCGAACUGGCGAAGCUUCAUCAGCACAACGCUUAUCAUCGUCUACGAAGAAUACAGAGACUUGCUUCCUUCUCAUGUCCAAGACUUGAUCCUUGAGAGUAUUUACAACAGCACCGUUGGCGAUACUUAUCGUGUCGGUGGUGUUGAUGAUGACAACCUGUAUCCCGCUUAUAGCAACCCUUGGCUCAUGCGAACUGUCGCUAGUUCCUGGACCGGAUUGAAGAUGAAUGACUCCAACAUGACUUACUGGGGAGAUAAAUGGGCCGAAGAAUUCUUGGAUCUUUAUAAUGUCAACAACACCAUCUCUGAGUACAACAGUCCAACCUACGUUGGCGUCUCGCUUUGUGCAUUGACAAUUGCAGCAAAGUAUAUGACCAAUAUAACAAACGUCCCAGUGAUUGCUCAGCAUAGCGAACAAAUCAUUCGAGAUAUUUGGGAAGUCGAGUCCUUACUCUGGAACCCCAUGAUGAGAAAUUUCGCAGGCCCAUGGGAUCGGACCUAUGGCUAUGAUAUGAACAAUUAUGUGGCUAUAAUGUCGUUAUGGAUCUGGUCCUUUAUCGGCAAGGACAAUGUUUACCACAACCCGAACCCUAUCGGAACCAUGACGCACGCUGAUGAUCUUGAGAUUGGACCGCUUCUGGCGGUACUUGCGGAUUUUCAGAAAAAGCUAAUUCCAAAAUCUGUACUAAAACGUUUCCGGACUUCCCACUUUGUAGGUGAGCAUACAUACCAUGGCCAGACCUAUGCACCCCCUGUAGACUACGAGCCGCGCAAUGUCACUACCUGGGUAUCCGCGAACCUCACUAUCGGCACUGAAUCGUUCAAUCAAAGUGCACUUGGAGGUUCGCGGGAGGAUACAACGGCCUUCAAUCCAGCUGUCGUUCAAUGGCUUCGGUCAGAUGGCUCGGUGGGAUAUUUCACCUGGUACUCGACCGAGAAGGCUAUGCAAGCAGAUGUUUCCCCAUAUGCCCUCAACCUGACCUACCCUCAAGGCAAUGAGACGAGCGUUUUUACUUUUGCUCUGUCAUCGAACCCGUUGGGCGCCAAACGUGACAUUUAUACGUUGGAUGCUAUCGAUGGACUAAAAAUUGAAGUCGGUGGAACCGUCAACCCAGAGCCUGUGGUCUCGUUUUGUGGAAUAUUGGGAGGAACAUGUCCAAUUGUGCAGUAA